AUUCCGAUAGCCGUUCGGCCAGGACCCGCGCAGCGCCAGUGGCUCCGCGAGUCGGCCCCCGCCUCCACCCUCGCUCAAGCUUAGAGCCACCCCCAGCCUGAGAAGCCAGAGACGGAGCUGGAGCGGCUGCCUCAUCCCGGCCCAGCUUCCCCCAGCAUCCCUUUCCCCAGCUGGACAUCUGGACUCUGGGCCCCGCACCGGCAGGGUUCCGGAAACCCUCCCCGCCCAGCUCGGCGGGCUGGGCCCCGCGCCACCCUCCUUCCAGAGCCCCCCGCCCUUCUCCAGACCAGACUUCCGCCCACCCCUGGACACCCCCUCUCUGUUCCCUCCCUCCCCUUCUUCCCAAGCCUGGACCGGGGUAGGAGGGAGGGGGGGUGUGCGCCUUGCGCCGUCCCCGCCCCGCCCCCCGUGAUUCCCCCUGCAUGGCCGGCCCGGGUGGGGGACGCGGGGGGCCCCGGGCGCCAUGCGGGGGGGGCACAAGGGGGGUCGCUGUGCCUGUCCCCAUGUGAUCCGAAAAGUGCUGGCAAAAUGCGGCUGCUGCUUCUCCAGGGGGGGACGUGAAUCCUAUUCUAUUGCUGGCAGUGAGGGGAGUAUCUCAGCUUCUGCUGCCUCGGGUCUGGCUGCUCUCUCUGGCCCCAGCUCUGGCCUCAACUCUGGCCCCUGUUCCCCGGGCCCCCCAGGGUCUGUCAGUGGCCUAAGGAGAUGGUUGGAGCAUUCUAAACAUUGUCUCAGUGUGGAAACUGAGGCAGAUGGUGGUCAGGCAGGACCGUAUGAGAACUGGACACUGGAGCCCGCUCUAGCCACAGGAGAGGAGCUUCCAGAGCUGACCCUGCUGACUACGUUGUUAGAGAGUCCUGGAGCUAAGACUCAGCAAGCUGAUGAGGAGACUGCUUCCCAGGCUCCCGAGAGUGAGGAAGAACAGAAAAAGAAGGCUCUGGAAAGGAGUAUGUAUGUCCUGAGUGAACUGGUGGAGACAGAGAAAAUGUAUGUGGACGAUUUGGGGCAGGUUGUGGAGGGUUAUAUGGCCACCAUGGCUGAUCGAGGGGUCCCCGAGAGUCUUAGAGGCCGUGACAGGAUUGUGUUUGGAAACAUCCAGCAAAUCUAUGAGUGGCACAGAGACUAUUUCCUGCAGGAGCUACAGAAGUGUUUGAAGGAUCCUGAUUGGCUUGCUCAACUGUUCAUCAAACAUGAGCGUCGGUUGCACAUGUAUGUGGUAUACUGUCAGAACAAGCCCAAAUCAGAGCACGUGGUGUCAGAGUUUGGGGAUAGCUACUUUGAGGAGCUUCGGCAACAGCUGGGGCACCGCCUGCAGCUCAACGACCUCCUCAUCAAACCCGUGCAGAGGAUCAUGAAAUAUCAGCUGCUGCUCAAGGAUUUUCUCAAGUAUUAUAGCAGAGCUGGGAUGGACACUGAAGAUCUGGAGCGAGCUGUGGAGGUCAUGUGCUUCGUGCCCAAGCGCUGCAAUGACAUGAUGACUCUAGGGAGACUUCGGGGCUUUGAGGGCAAAUUGACUGCUCAGGGAAAGCUCUUGGGUCAGGACACGUUCUUAGUCACAGAGCCAGAGGCUGGGGGGCUGCUCGCUUCCCGGGGGCGAGAGAGACGUGUCUUUCUCUUUGAGCAAAUAGUCAUUUUCAGCGAAGCCCUGGGCGGAGGAGUACGAGGUGGAACGCAGCCCGGAUAUGUGUAUAAGAGCAGCAUCAAGGUUAGCUGCCUCGGAUUAGAAGGGAACCUUCAAGGUGACACUUGCCGCUUUGCACUGACCUCCAGAGGGCCAGAGGGUGGGAUCCAACGCUAUGUCCUGCAGGCCACAGACCCAGCAGUCAGCCAGGCCUGGAUCAAGCAAGUGGCCCAGAUCCUGGAGAGCCAACGAGACUUCCUCAACGCCUUGCAGUCGCCCAUUGAAUACCAGAGACGGGAAAGCCAGACCAAUAGCCUAGGGCGGCCAGGAGGGCCCGGAGUGGGGAGCCCUGGGAGACUUAGGCCUGGAGACCGGGCCCAGGCCAGGACACACACCCCUAUCAAUGGUUCUCUUCCCUCCCUGCUGCUGUUGCCUGAAAGGGAGGUGGUCAGAGCCCCUCUGCCCCUGGACUCACAGACCCCCGGUGAUAUCCCCCAGGCUCCUCGUGAUUCACCUCCAGUCCCUCCAAUUCUGAACACCCCUCCCUGCCAGGCCAGACUUGCCAAGCUGGAUGAAGAUGAGCUGUAACUUAGAACUGGUGAAGGCCAUGAGGGUGGUGCUGACUCACCCCCUCUAUUCCUGAAGGAACUUUGGGAUAACCCCUCUGGCACCACCCUGGAAUUCCUCCCCUCUUGGAAUAUCUGGAGGGUGGGCAAGGCUGGGGGUGGUCUCACCUUGGAGAAAGGUAGCUACACCCAAAAGGACUUCUUUCUGCCCAAGGAGCACAGGUUUCUUCCAUUCUCACCCCUAGCAUGCAUCACAAAUCCCCUCAAAAGGAGGAUAUGUGGGUGGAUGGGAGGGCUGAAGCACGGGCCAGAUAGAAAUUACUGAUUUUGGUUUUGAUCUUGUUUUUCUGUUUUCUGCGAAUAAAGGUUUUGUUAUA